ACAUCUAACGCAGGACAGAUCGUCGCUCACGCUAUGCACAGGCUGCCACCCCACUAACAACAAAUUAUGUUCUUUGGUCGCAAGUAGUGUAUUCUGACAUAUAGCUGCUCGUACACUGAGCGAACGUAACACAUACACAUUUACGACGUGUAAAUGGAGUGCAGUCGAGAUCAAUUGCAGCAACAAGACAAUAUGUCGUUGAUCGUCGUGUCAGAGCCCAAUCGACACUGCCGUAACUGCCGAGCUCCAAGUGCAUUCCGACGAAAGGGAAAAUCGUAUCGAGUUAACUGGCUUCGUUUUCUGCUCCAUACAACGACUCAACAUCCAUCAUCAAGCUCUAUAGUCGUAUUUACCUGACAUGAUCAAUAUCGAGCGAGUUUCAGCGUGGCAAGGUUGGUCAGACUGCGUUGGUAGGCCAACUCGGUGCUGCGCAUAUCGCAAUUCGUACUUCGUAGUAUGGUAGCGUCAACGUUGCCUGUGCGUUCGGCGUUUCACGCAUCCCAAAGCCGCCGCCGCCGUCGUGAACUCAGUUUGGAGCACAUAAUGGACGAGAGCUGCGGGCCGGGCGCACACGCCCCGCCAGACUCGGCCUCCAUUUUGCUAGCGCAGAUUCGUAAUAGCAACCCGUCACCCGCCAGAGGACGCUGAUGGUAGCGGCUCCCUGCUAACUUUACAACAACGCCUUCGACGACGCAGUGCAGCGGACGGAUCAGCUCCGGUGGCCGACUUCGUGCUGCUUCCCACGAUGGCCUGAAGAUGGCUUGGUGCUCCCUUCGAUUCAAGUUUUGCGAUCUAGCUUCGAAAGCCCACCACUGCUCUCGAGGCACAAGCGUGCGCCACCGUGCGUUCAGCGUUGCACGAUACGGGAUACCCACGGAUUAAUACGUCCGCUGACUAUCGAGUGUGAGUUUCCUUUCAGAAGAUAUUUUGCCGCGGCUAAAAUUGUUACACUAUAAGAACAGUUCUUCUUCAUCUGCAUGUAGGGUGUACGCAUACAUUCAGUGUGAAGUUUAGUUUUUAGUUCGUAGUCGUUCUUGUGUCUUCAUAUAUAGUGUCAACUUGCCAUUGCUAAGUUUCUUUUGACAUUUUGGCAAUUAUCUUCAACCAUUCGAUCCCAUUUGUUGCGAUGAAAAAAAUUGUCUGCAUAUUGCUGCCUACGACGCACUACUCUUAUUAGGGACUCGAUUUAGUUUGAGGCCGGUUCAUCUUCAUCUCCUGCCUAACCGAACAAAGUUCCACUGAUCUUUGACAGCGUGUAGAGUCUCCAUUUGCACGUACAACGCGCUUUAAACGUGUAUUUCCUACACGACGAUACGUCAUACAUAGACUUUCAAAAUAUUUCACUUGCUUACUCGUUGGACGUGGACAAACAAAUUAAUAUUUUCUCGCGCUAACGUAGCCCUAGUAAAAAAAAACUAAAAGACCGUGCUUAAAAACAUUAAACAUGAACGGUUUCAGUACGGGUGAAGAGGAUUCGCGAGGAGCAGCAGAUCAAAUUUGCUGUCUCGUUGAUGAUGGCUCAAGGUGUACCAGAGUUGCUGGUAAUGCAUCCUACAGCAAGAGAAUACAGAAAACCGUCACGCAAAGGAGGUUGAAACUCUGCAUUGACAAUCAUGUAAGGCAUAUGUACAUAUGUGACUACCAUAAGCAAGUAAUUCAAAGUGCUCGUACUAAACAACAUCAAAGAAGGCGAAAAGAUUCAGAAGAAGAUUCUGGUGAAACGGACAAUGAUGUUCCUGAAGUUGAUUUAUUUCAAUUGCAAGUUGGCACUCUUAGGAGGUACAAGCGUCAUUAUAGACUAACUACGAAACCUGGCAUAAACAAAGCUCAACUAGCAGAAAUUCUUAUGAAACAUUUCAAGUCCCUGCAAGUAGUUGAAAAAGAUGUGUUAAGUUAUUUCUUUUACACAGUGAAAACCAAUGCCAAUAAACUAGAUCAAAAAAAUGGCCUAAACAACGAUGCAACAUAGCUCUACAUUUUAUUUUGAAUGUUAGUAUUUGUAAUAUUGUGUAAUGAUAUAUCUAGAAUAUUUAGAUUAUUCAACUUAUAAAAAAUUGAUAAAUGUAAAAUAGGCAUUUUAUUAUUGAUGUAAGUGUAAGAUAUUAUGAAAAUAACUAUCAGUAAAUAAUAGUCUUUAGGUUAAUAAAAAUGAAUGUAUAUUCAUGGUAAUAUUUAAUUUUAAUGACAAGUUGUAAUGAAAUAAUGUUUAUACAUGCAAGAUAAUUGUUAAUUGUACAAAUAUUUACAUAAACUUAUAACAAUAAUUAUUCCAAGUCUAAUUUA